CUCGGAGCUCCACUUUCAGGAGCGCUUCAUAAGGCCAGCUUCCAGUGUGUUGGAGAGGACUUGUGGUGCCAGCAACCCGACUGCUUUGAGGCUGAGUGAAGUCUUGGUGGCAAGAUUUGAAACAGACACACCAGUCAACAUGAGCACAGCAGGAAAAGUUAUUAAAUGCAAAGCAGCAGUAAUGUGGGAAGCCAAUAAACCAUUUAGUAUUGAGGAAGUGGAAGUGGCCCCUCCAAAAGAACAUGAAGUUCGCAUAAAGAUCAUGGCCACAGGGAUCUGUCGCUCUGAUGACCACGUGAUAACUGGCGCACUGGUUAUGCCUUUUCCAAUAAUUCUUGGGCAUGAAGCAGCUGGUGUUGUGGAGAGUGUUGGGCAGGGAGUGACUUCGUUCAAACCAGGAGACAAGGUUAUUCCACUCUUUAUUCCACAGUGCGGGGAGUGCAAGAGUUGCUUAGGCACCAAGGGUAACCUGUGCAAUAAAAAUGACCUUGCUUUGGGUGGUGGAUUAAUGCCUGAUGGCACCACUAGAUUCACCUGCAAAGGAAAAGCAAUUCACCAUUUUCUUGGUACAAGUACCUUCACUGAGUACACAGUAGUGCAUGAAUCUGCUGUAGCCAAAAUCGAUUCCGCCGCUCCUCUGGAAAAAGUUUGUCUAAUUGGCUGUGGAUUUUCAACUGGUUAUGGGGCUGCUCUGCAGACUGCCAAGGUGGAACCAGGCUCCACCUGUGCUGUCUUUGGCCUUGGAGGAGUUGGCCUCUCCGUUAUCAUAGGCUGCAAGGUGGCUGGAGCUUCCCGCAUCAUUGCCGUGGAUAUCAAUAGUGACAAGUUUGCCAAGGCCAAGGAGCUGGGAGCCACCGACUGCGUCAACCCUAAAGAUUUCCAGAAGCCCAUUCAUGAAGUGUUGAUCGAAAUGACUGGCCAGGGUGUGGAUUACUCCUUCGAGGUCAUCGGCCGCACGGAUACCAUGACCGCAGCCUUGGCCUGUUGCCAGUAUAACUAUGGAGUCAGUGUGAUUGUGGGAGUGCCCCCUGCAGCACAAAAGAUCACUUUUGAUCCCAUGCUUCUCUUCACUGGUCGCAGCUGGAAAGGCUCUGUCUUUGGAGGCUGGAAGAGUAAAGAUUCAGUCCCUAAACUGGUUGCUGACUACAUGAAUAAAAAGUUUGUUCUGGAUCCAUUAAUAACCCACACACUUCCUUUCACAAAAAUCAAUGAAGGAUUUGAUCUGCUGAGGACAGGGAAGAGUAUUCGCAGUGUCCUGAUGUUUUAGGAUUCUCCAGUGUUAAGCAGCAGAUGGCUCAGCACCAGUACAAACUUUACCAUUCUCCAAUACAACUGAUAUGAAAUACGAACCAAGACAUUCCCGAAAGGUCUACCACCACCAUCCUUGAAUAAAAGGAUCAAGCUCAAACUCCACACUUCAAGCACAACAUUUAUAAAUGAAAUAAUCUUUUUCUUUCUACCUCCUCCUCAUUCUUGUUUUAAAUCCUCUACAUUGUGCUCUAAUUUUUUAAUAGCCAGUUAUGAGUUACAGAACUUGCUGCUGCCACAGGUGUUAUAAAAAUGUUGAGUUUUUUAAAUUACUUAUAAUAUGCAAUCUUUUAAUAAAAUAAAAAUUAAGAAAACAGGGCUUCCGUAACACUGCAAGCUUAAGAGACUUGUGCAUGCAGUUCAGUACAGUAAAACAGUUAGAACUA